AGUGCAAGUAGGAUCUGAGAUCGAGACUGCUGCUCUAAGGCUAGGGAUUGGCAGAAUAAUCAUUCUUUUUUAAGCUCUUUUAAAUUUUACAAACCAAAUACUGUACAGAGGAAAAGAAAAACCAACAAACGAUUGAAUACAGCCCGAGGAAAGAAUAACUACAAACCCAGUCGAUCAAAAUUAAUAAAUAAAGAAUAAUAAUUGAUUAAACUCCCAACGGUCUGACACAGUAAAUGUUUAGCAAGUAUACAUGUGAAGGUUGCAAAAACGUAAAAGCCCUCUAAAAAGGACAUUUCACGUAUAUAUUUUUAGGAGAUCAAUAGAAAACAUGUUCAAAGAAGAGCAUAUUCACCUCGUUCCUGGCUUUCCAUCUUCUGGUGGAGAUUUCACUCUUGUUGUCGUCUUCUAUACUUUGUACCCGCUGGGAAUAAAUGUAGACCGAACAUGGAACUCUAGUGCUGUCCCUCAGAAUGCUCUUGUGAACGCAGUCAGGUCCUCUCAAGACCACAUCAGCUCAACAUUUGGUGCGUCAAUCAAGUCCAUUAAACCUUACAACCAAACUUCAACCUCUUCUCCUCCAGCCGUAAAAGGAAAGAACAAUCUUAUUAUUGGUUUGUCUGUUGGCUGCACAUUUGUGCUCUUGUUUGUAAUCAUCGUCAUCUCAUGCUUCUUUUGGCGCAAGAAGAAUCAUGGGAAAUUCAUCGUAAAACGCUGCGUAACGCCAAUCGAGUUCGUUGACGAAAAAGACGAAAUAGAGCUUAAGAAAUCCAAAAAUCCUACGCCAGCCAGACGAAGAGCUUCUACACUAAAAGUCGUAGACUUGGAUGGGAAUAUUAACUAACAAUUGCAACAUCAAUAGACCUCUUUACUUUCGUAUGUUAAUUGC